UCCGCCCCUUUAAGGUGUGGCUGACAGAUCAGGUAUAUUCCCAAGAACUCGGCAGCAGAGCAACAAGUUCUCCAGCAGAGUCAGGCAGAACGCGAAUGGCCAACUCGGGUCUCCAGAUCCUGGGCUUUGCCCUGGCUUUUUUCGGCUGGAUCGGAAUCAUUACCAGCACCGCUCUGCCCCAAUGGAAAACCUCGUCUUACGCCGGGGAGAACAUCGUGACGGCGCAGGCCAUCUAUGAGGGGCUCUGGAUGUCCUGUGUGUCUCAGAGUACCGGGCAGGUCCAGUGUAAAGUCUACGACUCAAUGCUGAAACUGCACAGUACGCUACAGGCUACUCGAGCACUGAUGAUCAUCGCAAUACUACUGGGAACCCUAGCAAUCCUGAUUGCAGCAACAGGAAUGAAAUGCACAACAUGUUUUGCUGAUGAUAAAACGAAGAAAGGCCAAGUGGCUACCGCUGGGGGAGUCAUGUUUAUUAUCUCAGGUCUUGCUACAUUGGUUGCUACAGCCUGGUAUGGAAACAACAUUACUAGAGAGUUCUACAACCCCUUAACACCAACCAACAACAGGUAUGAGUUUGGCCAAGCUCUGUUCAUAGGAUGGGCUGCUGCUGCCCUCUGUCUACUCGGUGGGGCCUUCCUGUGCUGCUCUUGCUCCAAAGGUACUGGGGGAUCCUACCCAAGCAAUGCCUACCCACGAUCACAAGGUGCUCCUUCUACUGCAAGGAACUACGUGUGAGACCAGCAGAACUACUGAGAGGAACCUACUCAAGCUACUCACUUGCUGUGUGUCCCUUUAAGUGAGGAAUACCUAGUAUUAUCCUUCAUGACAUUUCCUAAAAGACGAGUCGGAACUUAAUUAAUUUCUUCCAUUUACUUGCUUACAUUUCAAUUUCAGCUCGUCUUAAAUAAACCAGUUGUCAAUUUUUUUGUUUUCAGUACAGAAUAUAGAAUAUUUUGCCUGCAAAUGAUCAUAUAUUCUUAUCACGUAUCAAAUGUCAUAUGAGUAUUUCAGUAUGAGGGAUUGUAAGGGACUUGUAUAUUUGUGAUAGGGAAACUGGGUGUUCUUUUAGGAUAGAGGACAGGAACUCAAAUACAGUCAAGCUUUCAAUUGCUGCAUUACAAUACGCUUGGUUCACACACACAAUCCUUUUGGUACAGUGUCUGCCAGAUGAUUGUUCAGCAUUAAUGAUCACUUUUAUUAAAGGAGAGGGGCAGAAAAUGGAAAAGCUGGGGAUAUAGAAUAAUUGUAGUCACAAAAUUUGCCUCACUUUAGCAGACUUGAAGUAACAGUGAAAAUGAGGGUGUGUGAUGGUGAAUGCCUAAAACGCCCCAUUGAAACCUCUUGAUUUCGAUUGAAGAAGAAAAGAUACAUUGAAAAGUCACUUCGCUCUAGAUGGUUACAUUUCCCCCACAUUAAUGAAAGAAAGACUUUGCUAUUUCUCAAUUUUGUGUAAGUCAUGUUAAGGUUUAGAGCUCAAUUUCAAAUUUAAACAUUAUCUUAAUUAUUGUGCUCAACAACAAUACCUUUGAAAUCCUCAAACAUGUCUUUGUAACAUUAUUUACAAACCUGUUAAAAGUAAUAAGCUGUCUCUAUCAGAGUUGCUGAAUGCACGCGUCUCUGAAAUGCUUGUGUUGACCUGUCUUCAUGUACAUAUAAAGGUGGCUGGUUGAUUUGUUAGAUAUACUAAUGCUCUGAUACAGUAACCCUGUGUAUUUCUGUGUUGUAAUUCAUAUCCAGUGUACAUUUGCUGGUUGCAAUUGUUAUAUUCUAUUUUCACCUUCAGCAACAUCAACAGUACUCAGGGUAGGAAAGCAUCACUUUAGUGUUCUGAGCUUCUUGACUUUUCCAGUAAGGCUGUAAUUGUUAAAUAAUUGAUAUUCAUCACUGUCUCAAAGAAACACAACUUGUCUAAACUAAUGUUCAUUUUCACACCAUAUACCAACAAAUCCCUUCUUCGUUCAACAAUUAGUGAUUCAAUUUCAUCCACAACCUUUCUUUUGUUGCAGUUAAUUAAUGUUCCUCAGUCUGACCCCCAUCCCCUGAUACAGGGCAAGACAAGAACUGAUUUUUGUCUUGAGUGGGCAAGUGGGGAGAAGUUGAACCGUCGAUUGUUGAACAUACCUGAUGAAUAUUUCCAGAAUCACUAGAGGGUCAGAUUUCUCCAACUCUCCCUCUUGAUUCUGAGGCAGAAUUGUUGGACUGCCGACUCCUUAAAUUUCAAGGUGGAAUUGAAACUGACUCUGAGUAAAUCCUGGAGUGGAAGUGAAAUUGUUGCUUUGGCUGGCUGAUUUGGAUGAUUUGGAAUCAGUUUGCUGACGUUUUCAAUGAGGGAUGUCAAGGUAUGGGUUCAUGAAACUAGUCUUCUACGUGACUGAAAUCAAAUAUAUAUGGUGUAAGUUUACAAUGAACUGUUUCUUAACUGUGUGCAAUUAUUUGUUGAAAUUUUCGGCAGUUAUUCAACUUGUUAUCCAAAUAGGACUAAGCAGUGCCGGAAAUUGCAACCCUGAAGUGUUUUUAGGCCCCUCAAUUUCAUUUACAUAUAGAAUAGAAGAACAAACAUUUAUUAAUCUAUUCUUUUAUGUUUUACUACUUUCCAGAGCAUGCCUAUGUGUGUUAACUUAAGUGAUACAAUUUCCGCAGCAAGUAAAUUACCCUCAUCCAGCAGAGACUAAGUCAGUCUCCAUCAACCUGCUGUUUCUGAAAUGCUAAGCAUUUGUUUUAAAUGCUGCAAAACAAAAACAAAAACGAAAAUUGCUGGAAAUGCUUAGCAGGUCUAGCAGCAUCUGUGGCAACAAAUCAGUUAACAUUUCUGGUCCAAUUCCUUCAGAAUUGAUGUGGCCUAGAUAAAAUUGUUUUUUAUGUAGAAGAUCUGAUGUGUGUGUGUGUGUGUCUGUGUUGGGGGGGUGGUGCAGUGGAGAAGGAAGUAAGGAUUUGUGUAAGUCAUGUUAAGGUUUAGAGCUCAAUUUCAAAUUUAAACAUUAUCUUAAUUAUUGUGCUCAACAACAAUACCUUUGAAAUCCUCAAACAUGUCUUUGUAACAUUAUUUACAAACCUGUUAAAAGUAAUAAGCUGUCUCUAUCAGAGAGUAAAUGAUUGGUGGAGAUAAAGCCCAAUGAGAGAGAAGAACAGCUGGACAGACAAAAGAUUGGAGAACAAUCAGCCUGGGAGAAUGAAUAGCUAAUGGGGACUAUAAUUGGCUAACAGUGAUUGUGUACAAUAGCAGAACAUGUGAUAACAAGGCCUGAUGCCUGUCAAUGGGGAGAACAUGUGGAAGGUGCCUCAACCCUAAAAUUGUUGAAUAUGAUAUUGAGUCCAGAAGUCUGUCAAGUUCCCAAGUGAAAAAUGAGACACUGUUCUUCCAGCUUGCGCUGCAGCACUGCAGCAAGCCCGAGACAGAGAUGUUGGCCAGCGAACAAAGUGGCGGGUUUGUUCCAAUAUACAAAGAAAGUGCCAUGCUCCAGGGCAUGCAAAUAGCUACUACAGUCAUAUCAAUGGUCUGACAGUGGCUGCUGAUUAGAACAGGUUGCAGCUUAGUCACUCAAUGCAACUCACACAUAUCCUCAUUGCCUCGAUUACCCAUGUUCUCCCAUGUGUGCUGGGUUAAAUGUGUGCUAUGUUCAAAAUAGCAAUUAAAGAUGUGCUCGUUCCAUUUGGUACAAAUCUCAACAGUGUGUCCAACAACCUUGAGCAAGUCUUGGAGUCAUACAGCAGGAAGAGGCCCUUUGGCUCAUCAUAGCUCCUUCCUUCGUGCAAUUGUCUGAAUCUAUGACUUGCUAGAUCAUCAAGCACCCAUCUACUCUACUUCCAUUUUCCAGCACUUGUCCCAAGGCCUCUUAUGUUUAUUGGCUUUUCAAGCGAUCACCUAAAAUGUUGUGAUGGUUCCUGCCUGUACAACCCUUUCAGGUAGUGAGUUCCAGAUGUCCACCAAUCUUUGGGUGAAUUUUUUCUCCUUACACCUGCUACAAACCUCCUGCCCUUGGCCUCAAACCUACACUUCUUCUUAUUGAUCUCUGCUAAGCAUAAGUGAUUCUUCCUACUUGUCCUGUAUAUGCAACUCAUAAUUUUGGACACCUCAAUCAGGCUCCUCUUUAAUCUUCUCUAUUUAAGGAAAACCGCACCAGCCUAUCUAAUCUCUCUUCAGAGCUGUUCCAUACACCUCGAAAGCCCUAUCUCAUUGAAUAUUCUUCUGUGCAUUCUAAUUAGAGUUUUGUUAAUUGAUCAUUGUCAGAAAUUUUAGAAGAGCCCUUUUAAAAUUAGCUGAACUCUAGAUCUUUGUGGCUGGAACAAAAAAAAAGUCAUACUGAAAUUUGAAAUAGUAAUUCCAGCUUUAAUUUUUUUAAAGGAGAUCCUGGUGACAGUGAAGUGGUGUAGCUUGCUAAGGAUCCAGACUUUCAAAAGACUAUUAUUGUGGUUUAUUUUGCAAUAGCUCACACGUCCCUUUGGACUUGUUGCUAGCCUAGAUUUUUUGUAUAUUAUCCAGCGUUGAUUAAUUGUGCCUUUCUAGACUUUCUCAGAAACCAGGUUUCUGGUUUUGGACCUGUUGUUUCAUGCAUUACAUGUAUCCAAAGAUAUGCGGUGAAUUGAUUUUUUUUUGUACUGAGCAUAUUCUAUGAAUUUUACAAUAAAUGGGGUAUUAUUUAUUUUAA